CCGGCUCGCCGCCGCCGGCGCCUGGACCGCCGAUCGGCCGCCGCCAGCGCGCCGACUUCGACAGUUCUGCAAAGAGCGCCACGGCGGCGGUGCCGAAGUCGCCGCCGCGGGUGAGCUCGUGGGAGGACGACGACAACGCGGUGAUACCCAUGAUCCCCGACCUGGAGGUGGUACAAGAGGAGGAUCUGGCUCUGCAGGUGGCCGCCGCCCCCAUGUCACGGGUCAACCGGGUGGUCACCAUGCAGGAGCUGAACGAUGACCUGUUCAAGCACCCGACGUUCAUGGCUUUGGAGGACAUUGACCUGCAGCUGCUGACCAACAGGCUGUCCGAGCUGGCCGACGUACAGGAGGUAGACAAGCCGUGGGUCUGGGACGUGCUCUUCACGGAGGUGCUGUCGGAGGUGCAGGACGAGGCGAGCGACGAGGAGGCGGCUGUGGAGCUUCUCACGCCCAAGUCGAGUGCGUCGCUGGCGGGCCGGCGGGCGCCUUCUGGCCGCCUCAAGUCCGCCUCGGCCAAGGCGCAGAUGCCCUACAAAAUGAUGUAGGGUGUGGCUGAGGAGCUGGAGCGCGGCGC